CAGUUAUGACGUUAGUAAAGUUGUGAAGUUAUUGAUCGACUUUAUUUGCAAAAUAAUUUACAAACACUUGUCGCUUCAGUCUUUAUAGUUCAUACGUAAAUUAUAGUUACGUUGAAGUGGCGGUGUAUUAAAAACCGCCGAGUAUUUUUUGUUAUUUUUUUAAAUACAGAAUAGUUUCACGGUUUACCGUUAAAAAAGUUAGAGAACGUGAAAGUAUCGCACCUUUUUGAGUUACAUAUCUAACAUAAUGUUGGGCCAAAUAAUUUUGCUGGCCACGGCGGCUUUUUUCAAUUUAUUAGUAUUUGUACAUGCACAAGAAAUCGAUACUUAUGAUUUACUCAUGCCUAAUGUUUGGCCGCAUUCGGAUGAGUUGUACCUUUGUACGCCGAUCAGGAUUUCUCCCCGGACUAGUUAUUACAUAACCGGAUUCAAACCCAAUGCGACUAUGCACACGGCGCAUCACAUGCUCCUAUACGGAUGCUCAGAACCUGGCUCCAAUGAUUCCGUGUGGAGUUGCGGCGAGAUGCAAAGCAAUGGCGUGGAUCAAAUCUACAACACCGCUAAUCCAUGCCGCGCUGGAUCACAGAUUGUGUACGCGUGGGCUAAAGAUGCUCCGAGUCUGCAGCUACCAGAAGGCGUCGGUUUCCUCAUCGGCAAGGAUUCCCCGAUAAAGUAUUUGGUGUUGCAAGUUCAUUAUAUGCACAAAUUUCCAGUGGGUAAAACAGACAAUUCUGGCGUUUUCCUGAAAUACACGAAGACCCGCAUGCCUCGCCAAGCUGGUGUGAUCCUGCUGGGUACGGGAGGGGUGAUCCCCGCUCAUGCCGUGGAACAUAUGGAGACGGCCUGCACCAUGCGCGAGGACAAAGUCCUGCAUCCAUUCGCGUUCCGUACUCAUACUCAUGGACUUGGUACGGUGGUAAGCGGCUACGUGGUACACCAGAAAGAGAGCGGCGACGUAUGGAGCCUGCUCGGCAAGAAGAACCCCCAGCUGCCCCAAAUGUUCUACCCCAUACUAGACACCUCUCCUAUAAAGCAAGGAGAUGUGCUCGCUGCUAGAUGCACUAUGAACAACACUAGAAGUCACACUGUUAGCAUUGGCUCCACAAAUAACGACGAGAUGUGCAACUUCUACUUAAUGUACUGGGUUGAGAACGACACGCCGUUGGAGCAGAAGUAUUGCUUCACCCCCGGACCGCCAUACUACUACUGGACACAAGCCCGGGAGAAUUUCAACCGCAUCCCGGACUUGGAGGCCAGCACGCUGUAAACAAGUCUUACGACAUUAGAGAAACGAGUUCGUGCAAGUAAGUUUUUAUUGAUUUGUUGUUACAAGUAAAUGUUUUAAAUUCGUAUUAGAUACAAUCAUAUUACAAUUGAUGUUGUACAAUAAAGUUUCGCAACAGCGGGCGUCAUGGUGACUAAGGGUUUAUGACACAUUAGCUUCAUCUAGGUAUGCUGUGUGUUGUAUCUUGUUGCCAAAAGUUUUAUUUUUGUUGCGUAUCGAUUAUAAAUUAAUUAUUCGUUCAAAUAUCGAACGGUGUCCGUAUUGUCAAAGACAAAGACUUACCGCAUUUGAUAAUUUCGUUAAAAAAUAUUUGUAAUCAUAAGUACAGACAUGUCUUGGGACUUGGUUCAUACAAGUCUCAAAACAUCAGACACAAUAUUUUCGGGAUGAAUAUUCAGACUUUUGAAAGUUGUUUAAUACAUACGACUCGUUUCGCUAGACGGUUAUAAAGUUUCGUAUUGGGAAAUACUUUGGCAGCUAACAACAGUAUAUAAGAGGCAAUUAUGUGUAGAGUAAGUAUUGUCUGGGUAACAUUUAUUUGUGUUUUUUUGAUACGUUCAAAAUUAUUUUUUCCUCAAUAAAUACAAAUACAUUUUGCAACACAUUGUGAAAUCGAUCUUUGUAUAUGUGUAAAUGCAUGCCAGAUGAGUAAAUAUUUGACUCGUGUGGUUGAAUAAAUAUUAUUUUAUAUAAGAAAUACUUGGAAAGUUUUGGUUUUUUGUAUUCCAAGGAUAUUUAUGUCCGGAGACUUGUUAUAAAUUAUAGCAGUUAAGAAAUAUUUACCCAGUUAAUACUUAUUCUAUGGUCUGGUAUUGUCUAUAACUUCUAUAUUAUAUUUCAAGACCACAUUAACCAGGCAGCUAAACUAAAGUUAAUCCUACAUGAAGGAUAUAUCAUAAAUAUAAGAUAUAUACGAUAAGUCAUAAUUUAAGUAGCUGUCAAGUUAUUUUUAAUAGUUACGAGUAACGGAAAUAACAAAUUUAUAGUAUAAAUAUAUACCAAAUAUGCACAAUCUCGAUUUUUUCUUUAGGAAUUCGUCUUAUAUUAAUAUGAGUUAUAUUUAUUAUUUUUGACUUCGAUUUUAAUAUUCUAUGUAUCCUAUGAAAUAUCAAGUGUGCCACAAAUUACUCUGCGUAUUUUAAAUAGAUGUAAGAUGUGUUUGUCUAAUUUAUGUUGAAUCAAUUGAAUGUAAAAAAAUAUUAGUCUGAAGGAAGCAACAAGAAAAAAAAGUAAGAUCUUUCCAAAAUCUCCCAAAACAUUGUGGACAAAAUUGUUAUUUUAUAUUAAAUACUUUACUGAAUUUAAGUAUUAAAAAAAUUAUAAUUAAUUACUAGUUUUAUAAAAUUCAUAUAAUAAUUGAUUACUAGUGUAUCAAAAUUGAUUUUUUUUAUUUAUUAGUCGUAAUCAUAACUGAGAUCUGAGGUACUUAUGUUUUUUUAAACAUUCCAACUACUUUAAUGAAUACAAGACAUUUACACAUUGCUAUUUAAGUAUAUUUAUAUUAGAGUUAGUAAAAAAUGUGUUAGUAUUAGUAAAAGAAUUUUCGUGAACAUUUAAAAUGUUCUUUCGUUUUCUCGUCUAAUUAUAGAUGGCAUUGAAUCUAAAGACAGAUAUAACAAGGCUUUUAUAAUAAUUGUAUCGAUGCUUCUACUAGAGAUCUGAUUUUCUCUGUAUAUUUUAAGCGGAUAUAUCUAUUUUACUAUAAUAUACAUGUUUCUAGUCAAACUCAGCAAAUAAAGACUUGAUGUAAUAUCUUUAACAUAUAAGAUAUAUAUCGCUGUAUUUACUAUACAAUACUAACGUAAUCUAUAUCAUAAUGCAUUAAUAGUUUAAUAUUUAUUAGUAUUUAGAAAAUUUGUGAACAUUCAUAAAUUAUAGAGCAAAAAAUUUUUUUGCAUGUAUUGUACGUAGAAGUAAUUUUCUAUUUACUUCAUGAUGCAAUGGCCAUGAGCGAGUACUAACAUUCUACAAUGUGUCAUAAGUAACACGAACGGGUGGUUCGUUUGAUAGUGAGGCUUCUGAUUGGUCGAGAUACUACCGUGUGAGUCACAUGUUUGUCUCUCGACCAAUCAAAUGCCAACGACACGGAUGUUCGUUUCGUGUCAUGAUACAUUUUACUGUUUCGGUCUUGCGUGUCCUGCAGAUGUUGGUCCUAUAUAAAAUUCAAAUACUUAUACAAUCAUUUGUAAAGUUCACAAAUUUUCUUUACUCUACGUAAUUUAUUACACUGUAAAACCUUUUCGACGACUUGGACUUGUAUCAUGGACUCCGAUUUAUGUAAAUAGUUAUAUUUUAAGGUUUUAUUUUAAAUAGGUAAGAUUAUGUCGUAACCGACCUAAUGUUAGAUCUGAACGCAAUUUUAACCUCAAAGCUGUAUUGUAUAUUUUUCUAUAAAUUAAUUUUUAAUAUUAGUGUGUGCUAAAUUCUUUACAACGCCAUCUGUCAUGACUUGCGGGUAUCUUAGAAAAAUGUUUGACGUAUAAUAUUAUUUUUAAAUAAAAAUUACAACACUAGAAAAAGACAAAGUAAUCUGUGUCUUUAUGAUGUAGUUUUAAAGACUACAAUAAACUGAUAUUUUAAACAUACAUUCCAUUUUUUUAACUUUUACACGAAUGUGUUUUAAAAAAUGGGCAUAUUUAUUACCAAAGCCGACAGUUUACAUUAUUAUCAAUUUAUAGUGAAUUAUAAACACGUCAUAGCGCUAAAAUAUAUAUUACGUACUUAAUGUAUUACCAUAUAGAUCGACCUAAAUGUAUAAAGCGAAAGGUUUAGAUUAGCAAGAUAACUUGCAGAAGUCGACUUCCAAAGCAAUUUUUAUCAUGCAACCUCUAACGGUAAGCUGACUUCUGCAAUUUUUAAAAUCAUGCAGGACUUGCUGCAAGAUAUUAUAAUCGCAUUUGGAAGUUCUUGCCGAACAUAUUGCAGCAAUUGCUGGUCUCAACUUCGUUUUACAAAUAAAUCAACUGUAGAUUUAGAAAUUUCAGCCCCGGCCAAAUAUAUUUAUAUUUUAAAGUAUGUACAUUUUCAUUUAAAAUAUAAUAUGAUAUCUAUAGAAUGAUAUUUGUAUAUAUUUUUAUACUGUUCAAAUUAUUUUUUUAAAAGAAAUAGCUGAGUCUGCAUAACAAUACAACUUUGGCAAUUUUGUUUAAUAUAUUUCUAAAUACUUUUUAAAAAUGUCCAAUAAUUUAGAGUGAAAGGUACAAAGCAAAAUUACGAAUUUCUUUAAUAUUCCUAUUUUUUACUUUGUAUUUUAAUUUUCAAAAAUUUUACACGCUCCUGAUAUUGGUAUUUCUAUUUUUUUUUUUAUUUUAUAUCAGCCAUAAAAUGGCAAAGGAAGGCGAUUUAUUCGAUCGUAAUCUAAAAAAAAAAAAGUGAUUUCAUUAUUUACAGAUUGCUAUACAUUGCUAUACAUGCUAUACAUGAAUCCGAAUUUUGCAAUCUGACAAUUUUAGUGAGUUUAUUUACCUUCCUGUAGUUUGCACAAUGUUAAAAUAAUCUUAGAAAUGGUUACUAGAACAAGUUACUACACGACACUUCUUCAGGUAGUCUGUUCAUGUGUUAUAUUAAAAAUAAAAGUAUUGUUAGCAUUUGCGUAAAUAUUUUCUUAAGUAUGUUAAUUGUAGCGACUAUUAAGUAGCAAAUAAUGCUUUAAAACAAUACUAUCUGUAUUUCUUUGUAAUUGGAAUUAUUUUUGUUUAACUCAAUUACCUAAUGCCUGCGAAAAUUUUAAUACAUUGUAAUUUAAUUACAAAGUUGUUAUUUUUAUUAUGAGCGCCAUCUAGGAGCAGUUUUCCUAAACAUUUUCUUUCCACUGUACGGCUGAAAUAAUUAUUUCUUUGAAUAUAUUUAUGCGUUAUUAUGCAGAUGUGCUUAUGUGUAUUAGUAUUAAAUAAAUGUCAAAAUCAUAUCGACUUGUGUAUUUGAAAGAGUGCGUUAUUGUAUACUGCGCAAUUAAAAUGCAACUGUAUUGGAUUGGAAUCAAGUUUGGUUUAACAAUCAAUAUUGUCUGAUACUAUCAUUUAGAGACUGUACAACAUAGAUGAUGAUCUUACUUUUAUUUUAUUUUAUUAGACAAAAAUAUAAUUUUGUUUAUAGAAAAAGCAUAGACAAGGAAAUUAAUGGUCGGCGUCCAUUUACGCAUGCAGAACCAAACCCGUACCGCAAUGUCCCAAAAUGGAACAAUGGAAAACGAACUUUAUUAAUGUGCCGUAUUAUAGUACAUUUUGUCAUCUUAUAAAUUACAUUAAAAUGACCGAAAAUGUAUUAUAUAUCGCAUAGCUUAGGUUUCUUUUUUCAUCGCUCGGGGCAAGGCGGUGCGGCUUUAGUAAAUGGACGACGACCAAAAUAGUUAAAGCAGAAAAUUGAUAUCGCGUUAAGUAUUGAUAAAAUGCCAAUAUUGUGUAGGUAUGUCUUAGUGCGACUAAGGAGUAUUGUAUCGCUCAUAGAGUCCUGAAAUUCCUAUUGUGUGAAACCUCAUGUUAAUUAUUAGAAUGUGACAUAGAUGAAAAAUAUAUUAUGAAAUAUAUUUUAAAA